AUGCGGGUACCAAAAUUAGACGAAGUGAGGUCCGUCUUAACGGCUUACCACCUCGUCAAUCUACUGCUAUCUACACUUUUUUUCCUUCUCAAAGUUACACCUUUGUGCGAUUUUGUUUUUGUCUGGGAUGAACAAGACGGAUCGUGUGGAAUCGAAUCGGUAAGGUUCUUUUCUUAGAAAUUCGUUUUAGAAUGGUUAAUAUAGAGAGAGCGAGAAAUAUUGCUUUUCCUGUUAAUCGUCAUUAUGUGGAAAGGACGCAAAGCUACAAACUCCCUUCACUACGUUAAUAACGUCUUUCUUUACUCGAAGGUAACUUCGCUUAACACGUUCAUGUCGUAAGAUCUUUCAAGAUCGCCAGUUUUUUCCUGUUCUUCAGAGCCGAUCCUCUCUUGGGAAUUUUCUACUUUGCAGUGUGCUUAAGUUCGAAAUUUGUCUUUUUAGCAGUGAUUUCUCAUUUUAUUUUUUUUUCAGUUUGUCUCGUUGUGUUUCCAGAGCCAGCGUUUUCCGGACCUGAGAACGUAACAUACUUUCAGGGAGAGCAGUUGUAUGUACGUUUUUCUUGUAAUUUCUCAAACUUUACGAGAUUAUAACUCAGGACCAAUUGGUCAAAGACAAAAAAACUACCUGGGUAGUACAGUUCUUCACUACUUGGAGUGGGGAAUGCAAACACACUACUCCUGUUUUUGCGGCCUUAAGUGAAAAGUUCGUGGGAUUUCAUAUAACUUUUAUGAGCUACUUACCCAUACUUUUUAGAUUUUCUCUACCUAACCUGCGCUUCGCAAAGUUAGAUGUUGGCCGUUAUCCGAAGGAGGGAGAAAGGUUCCGCGUGAACUCCAAUCCCAUGUCACGACAGUUACCAACAAUUUGCGUUUAUAAGUAAGAAUAUCUGCUCUAUUUUUGUAAUUGCUCGGUUUCAGAGACGGAAAAGAGAUUUCGCGACGUCCGCUAGUCAAUGAGAACCAUCGAGCCGUUCCUUUCGUCUUUAGCCAGGUUCGCUUUCCAAAUGAGUCCUUUCUCAGAAUGUUACUUUUUUCAGGAUAAUUGCAUACAAGCUUUCGAUCUACUCAACACUUACGAAGAGUGUCUCAGGAGAAAGAGUAAGGACUAUGAUCGCAAACAAAAAUGA